GCACUCCGAUCCUGCUGCCUCCGAGCGAUCCCGCCGCGGCGUGGUGCAGGGGUCCGUCCGCUGCGGGGCUUUCGGCGCUGCAGUGCUCCCGGCUCCCUGUGGUUGCGGUCCCAGUCACACCGUGCGGGGGGCGACUUCAGGACCACAGACGCGCCCGCGUACCCCGAGCUGCGUGGGCGUUGGAGCUCCGGCCUCCGCUUGGACCGCUCCGCGCGCACCGGGGCGGGCGCAUUUAGCACGUGCUGAAGGGCUGGCGCGCUCACCAAAGACCGCCCGUCCUCUGAAGACCACCACCCCACGCUGGGGAGCGCCCUGGGGAGGGUCACGUGCAGGAAGCGGAAGAUCCGGGCCGCUCGCGGCUGCGCUUAGUACUGCCGCCCGGUUCCCCGCCGCGGAGGACCGGGCCUCACGGCCCCUCCCAGCCGCGCCCGGCCUGGCCCGCGGCGAUGGCCGGGCCUGGGGACCCGCGGCGCCUUUGCAGGCUGGUGCAGGAGGGCCGGCUGCGCGCCCUGCAGGGGGAGCUGCGGACGGACGGAGGCUGCCCGGGGCCGGCCGGGGACACGCUCCUGCACUGCGCUGCCCGCCACGGGCGCCUGGACGUCCUGGCUUAUCUGGUCGAGGCCUGGGGCUUGGACAUCGAGGCCGCCAACCGAGACUACAAGCGGCCUCUGCACGAGGCUGCCUCCAUGGGCCACCGGGACUGCGUGCGCUACCUGCUGGGCCGAGGCGCGGCGGUCGACUGCCUGAAGAAGGCCGACUGGACUCCCCUGAUGAUGGCUUGCACAAGGAAGAACCUUGAGGUGAUCCAGGACCUUGUGGAACAUGGCGCCAACCCGCUGCUGAAGAACAAAGACGGCUGGAACAGUUUCCACAUUGCCAGUCGAGAAGGCGACCCUCUGAUCCUCCAGUACUUGCUCACUGUUUACCCAGAUGCCUGGAAGACAGAGAGCAAGAUUAGAAGAACUCCUCUGCACACGGCAGCAAUGCACGGCUGUUUAGAGGCAGUAAAGGUGCUUCUUGAGAGGUGCCACUAUGAACGAGACUGCAGAGACAACUGCGGCGUCACCCCCUUUAUGGAUGCAGUUCAAUGUGGUCACGUCAGUGUGGCCAGGCUGCUCCUCGAAAAACAUGAGGCUUGCUUUUCCGCUGAGGACAGCCUGGGGGCCCAGGCUCUGCACAGGGCAGCUGUCACCGGGCAGGAUGAAGCCAUCCGGUUCUUGGUGUCUGAUCUCGGCAUUGAUGUAGACGUGAGAGCAACAUCAGCCCACCUUACGGCACUUCAUUACGCAGCUAAGGAAGGACAUACAAGCACAAUUCAGACUCUGUUAUCCUUGGGUGCCAACGUCAAUGCCAAAGAUGAAAGAAAUCGAUCAGCCCUGCAUCUGGCCUGUGCAGGUCAGCACCUGGCUUGCGCCGAGUUUCUCCUGCAGUCUGGGCUGAAGGAUUCCGCAGAUAUAACGGGCACCCUGGCUCAGCAGCUCACCAAGAGGGCAGAGGUCCUUCAGGGCUUUAGCCACAGUGAGAUGGCUUAAGGAUGUUUCUAAAAGGAGACAAUGAAGUGCAUGCUUUAUGGAAGUAUAAUUGAUACAUGAAAAGCUCCGCAUACUCAGUGGAUACAGUCUGACGCGUUUGGACAUGCUGGUGCACCCAUGAAACCAUCAGUCAAGGUCCUCAACAUGUCCCUCACCUCCCAAAGUUUCUUCAUGUGCCACAUUUUUGAUUUUUUUGUGGUAUGUAUUAAUCUGUUUCUGUUGCUUAUAACAGAAUACCUGAAACUGGGUAAUUUAUAAAGAAGCGAAGCUGGGGAGUCCAAGGUCCAGGGAACUCAUCUGGUGAGGGUCUUCUGGGUGGUGACUACAGCAGCUCAGGACAUCACAUGGCAAGAAUAGGCUGAGCAAGAGAGAGCAGACCUGCUCGUUCACUGUCCUUAUAAAACCAUCAGAACCACACCCAUCACUCCAUGGAUAGAUCAGUCCAUUCACAAGGGCACAGUCCUCACAAUCCAAUCCCCUCUAAAAAGCCCCACCUUUUAAAUACCAUAGUUGGAUUUCCCACCCUCUUAAUGCUGUUACAAUGGGGGUGAAGCUUCAGCGAGUUUUGGGGGGACAUUCUAUCCACAGCAUAGUAUAAACACUUCACAUGAGAUCUAUCCUCAAGUUUUCAAGUGCACAAUACAGCAUUGUUAACUAUAGACACUAUGCCAUCCACAGAUCCCUAGAAGUUAUUCCUCGUGCACAACUGAGACUGUGCUGUUCAACAGCAGCUCCCCACUCAGCCUCCCCUCUGGGGAUUUGCAUUUAUCCCAAGUUCCUAGGGGAUGCAGAUGUGGAAGCUGCUAGUGGGGAGCCUACGUUUUGGGAGCCACUGAAAUGGGGAGGUGUGGCAGGAUUUCUGGGCAGCACAAGGGUUAGCUGAGGUUUGCUGUCCCAGGUUUUUCUCCACAGUCAGCUGCUCAGGUACAGAGUAGGUGGAAUGUGAGAUUUCAUCAGGAUGGGGAUUGUUGCCAGGCGGGCAGAGCAAGAGUAUGUAUUAGCACAGUGUCUAGUACAUGGUAUAUGCUUAAAAAGCAUACCAUCCCUCCUUUACUACCUGCACCUCCCAGCACACGCACAGGAAUCUUCCUACCUCUGCUGCACAGCACGGUGGUCAAGCUCCCAGGCUCUGGGGCCCAGCAGACCUGAAUCUAGCCAUGUGACCUCAGGCUUAACAUCUCUUUUUGUUUGUUUUUUUGUGUGUUGUUUUGUUUUUCCUUAACAUCUCUUAGCUUUAGUUUCUUCAUCUGUAAAAUGAGAUGAUAAUAACUCCUCCUCUAUAGAAUUGUUGGCAUCUGAACCACUUAGCACAUUGGCUGAUUCGUAGUAAACAAUAAAUGUCAGCUCUCAUCAGAUCUGAGGAAUAGAAAGCAUUUAGUAAAAAUUAGUUCUUGGCACAAUCUUUGCCCAUUGAAUCCCGGCAGAGCCGUCAGAUUCACAAUAAUUCUUCAGAUUCACAAUAAUAAUUUCUUCUCCCCGCUCCUGUUGUGCACUUAGUAGCACAUGGUGUGCUUUAUGUUAGAACUCUUUGUAUAUGUGGUAAUCAAGGCUACUAAGCUGUGCCGUCCUGGAGGGCAGUGACUAUUUCUCACUUAUAAACUCCAGAAUGUAUUAUACCUUCAAGGAGUUAUCUGUGAAUUUGAAUAAGGUUAUAU